AGGCUCAUCGCUUGCUCGGCCACUGGGAAGAGGCGCAUCAAGACCUGGCGGAGAGCCAGAAGUUGGACUUUGACGACGACACCGCCGAGUUACAAAAGUUUGUGGACGCGAAGUACAAGAAGAUUGCAGAGCGAAAGAACAGAGAACGGAUCAAAGCCGAGAAAAAGAAAGAACAGGAACGCAAACGCCGAAAGGAGGAGGCGCAGCGUGCCUAUGAGGAAGCCAAGAAGAACCCCGACGGAGAUGGCUAUGGCGGCUUUCCGGGCUUCCCAGGCAUGCCCGGCAUGGGCGGCAUGGGUGGCAUGGGUGGCAUGGGUGGCAUGCCCGGCAUGCCCGGCAUGCCAGGCAUCGAUCCUAGCAUGCUGAGUGGCAUCAUGAGCGAUCCUGAGCUCAUGCAGGCGUUCUCGGAUCCGAAGAUGGCUGCAGCCAUGCAGGACAUCAUGAGCAACCCUGGCAACAUCGCCAAGUAUCAGAACGACCCAGAUGUCAUGAACCUCAUCAACAAGGUCAUGGGGGCCUUUUCCAAGCACGGUGGCAUGCCAGGGGGCAUGCCAGGCGGCAUGGGCGGCAUGCCAGGCGGCAUGGGCGGCAUGCCAGGCGGCAUGGGUGGCACAGGCAGCGCUUCUGGUGGCCCAACCGUGGAAGAGGUGCCCGAGUCCAAUGUGGACGAAGUGGAUUGAGGACCUGGGGCUGUGCCGACCGCGCGUCUCGUUGAGUGCAGAACUCGCCGACGGCCGCGUGGACCCUCCACAAUGCCUGGAGUCCGCCCAAGUAGAUGAUGUAUUAGUGUAUAUUUGGUGCGGAUCAGAAGUCCGGUGUCAUGGUCUCUUUUUGUGUUUUGUGUGGGUGCGCAUACUUCAGGCAAGCCCCUAGCAAUAUCUUUUCUAGAAUCUAAGGUGGCGUUACAGGCUGUUCCAGGAGUUAGAGUGGAUACUUCAGACGGAAGUAUCGAAUGAACGCUUUGAAAUUGCGUACAGCCGCGACGAACAGGAUCGAAUCGCAUUGACGAAUCGACAAAACGUGGC